AUGUUUCGAAAAUCUAAACAAACUGUGGCCCCGCUCCCAAAACCGCCCACCGAAGAGCAAAUGCUAGAGGAUUUACAGCUGUUUCACGAGACAAGACCAGCGCCACAACAAAUUUCCAGCGAAAACCUACCAACCUUAACCGAGGAAUCGAGCAUGGACGAUUGGUGGAAAGUGUACGAUGCCACGGUGGAACACCACGAACAGUUUCAGGGACUGAAAACGAAUGCACAAGAGCUGAAGAGGACGCUACAAGAAAUGCGCGAUGAAUUGCAGGCAGCGUGUGACAAAAUUAUGGCCGAAAUCAGUCAAGACUUGGAACGGCUAGGCACAACGAUGUCGGAAUAA